AAUUAUCAUACAAAAUAUGCAAAAAGCUCUUAAUAUCCAUCCGGCCUUAAUUACCCACGAAAUUAGCUUUAUGGAGGUAUGAUCGCCCUCUCCAAAAGUUGCUGAAGAACUAGCCGAUAGUGAUAAAAAAUUUAAACCACUUGAUCUGUCACAGACAUUGACACACCCAAUAAGUAAGAGUAUCACUAAUUUGACCACUUCGACGGAAUUUCCCUCUCUAAACUGAAAGUUCAUCGAUGAGGCUCCUGAAAUAUGCUCUGAAAGCUCCAACCAGCCAAAGGAGACUUUCCGCAGGCUGAAGAAUGCUAUUAAAAAUCGGGAUUCUCAGGGGCUAAUCCAGAAGCCAGCUGUGUCAAAUUUGUCUCUAAAGAGCAGCCUUAUUCCUACCAAGUGGGAUAAAAAUAAAAUCAAGAGUACUUCAACGCUUUCAGCAUGCUCUCUGCUCAAGAUCCCCAAGACUUCUUUCAAGUGAAGCCGGCUUGAGAACAAGGAUUUGAACGAGACAGUUCUAGGAAUCGAAGAGUUAGAGACACCGAAACAGGAAGUACUCCCUGCUGAUUUCUCCUCUAGACAAUGUAGUUAUAGACUUAAUCCUAAAUUCCCAAGAAAUGAGCUGAGCUUCAGACAGAGAAAGAGCACCUUUAAUUUCAGUAUUCAUGACCGAAAAAUUAUUAAUUACACCAGAAAAUGUAAGAAAUUUAACAAGUAUUGCUCCAAAAAGCCGAAGAAUUAUAACUUAAAGUACAAGUGUAAGAAGAUGAGGGCCAAAAUGGAAGGACUUAGGAUAGAUUCCACCCCUGAUUUAGUCUCCUUUGAAAUGGAGAAAAUUCACCCAACUCCUGAAAAGAGGUUCACAGAAAAUAAAGUAGCUCAUUCCGCCCAAAUUCCAAAAGAGACUGCUUCCAAAUAAGAGCUUGCUAGCAUCACUAGCAACAGACAUUGAGUCCUCAGAGGAAAAGAGACGGAAUUUUAUUGAUAGAAGGAAUUCUUUAAGCCCUUUCUUUUGAACGAUGGAGAGGAACCACCUCAUGCAUUCACCUUCAUAUGGGAUAUUUGAACGGCAUAAGGAGUACUCUAAUCCAAACCCUGACAAAGAGGUCCUCAAAAAUUUUGAAGAGUACGAAACCAAGAUCAGAACUUUGGAAUGCAAGAUGAAAGAUAUUCGACAAGAAAACAUUGAGCUACAAAAACUAGUCAAUACCUUGCUGCUUAAAGACCUUCAGUCAUAA